AUGGUCAGCUCCUGUUGUGGCUCUGUCUGCUCUGAGGAGGGCUGUGGCCAAGGCUGCUGCCAGCCCAGCUGCUGCCAGACCACCUGCUGCAGGCCCACCUGCUGUGUGUCCAGCUGCUGCAGACCCAGCUGCUGUGUGUCCAGCUGCUGCAGGCCCAGCUGCUGUGUGUCCAGCUGCUGCAGACCCCAGUGCUGCCAGUCUGUGUGCUGCCAGCCCACCUGCUGCCGCCCCAGUUGCUGCAGACCCAGCUGCUGCAGACCCAGCUGCUGUGUGUCCAGCUGCUGCAGGCCUUCUUGCUGCAUUUCUAGCUGCUGUAGGCCUUCCUGCUGCCGCCCAAGCUGCUGUGUGUCUAGCUGCUGCAGGCCCUCUUGCUGCACCUCUAGCUGCUGCCGCCCUACCUGUUGCAUUUCUAGCUGCUGCAGGCCCAGCUGCUGCAUUUCUAGCUGCUGCCGCCCCAGCUGCUGUGUGUCCAGCUGCUGCAGGCCCCAGUGCUGCAUCUCUAGCUGCUGCCGCCCCACCUGCUGCCAGACCACCUGCUGCCGCCCAGCAUGCUCUAGUUGUUCUUGCUGCUGA